AUGCGGCGUCUUCUCUUAUCGGCACACUGCCGCUCCAUCUCGAGGACUUCCGACGGCGCGGGCAAGGACGACGCUGCAGCUCCCGUGGACAUCAAGGAGCAGUCGGGCGCCUACGAGUACGUGUUGGACGUGCCUGGCCUCCGCGCUCGCGAUCUCAAGGUAAAGCUUGUGCCGGACCGCGUCCUGCAAGAUGCGGACCUAGGGAGGGUGUCGGCGGUGUGCCGUGACGGCGUGCUCAGGGUGACCGUCCUGAAGCUGCCGCCGCCAGGACCGGUCGAGAUCCCGAGAACCAUCGAUGUCAUGCCCUAG